GAUCAGCAUGCCAGGACUAUGCUUCAGAGGUCGGGCUCUGGUACCUCUUUGAAUAGUCCUCCAGAUUUGUUAUUAUCAAUGCCUCUGCAUAAGGCAAAUAUUCAAAUGCAGAGUGUAAAUAUAUUGGACCCAAACAUGCCAAUUGAAGAUGGAUUCCAUAUCAUUACCAAGGUAUUGUCAGCGCCAUUAUUCGACAAGGAUAGGAAUCAGUUCAUAGGUAUACUUGAUAUUCGCCACUUCCUUGGCUAUAUCUUGUAUAAACUACCAUUGCCACCCUCUGGAAUGAAGGAGAAGCAAGUCUAUCUUCGAGACUUGGAUCGUAGUCAAUACACUAUCUUGGAUAGAAAUUCAACAAUAUCCGAGUUGCUCAAGUACUUCAACACUGGUCUUCACUCUGCCUUUGUCCUCAAUGAGAUGAAGCAGAUUGAGGUCAUCACUCAAAUAUCAUUCGCCAAAUGGAUAAAGGAUAAUAUUGAGAGACUGGGAUCAAUCAAGGAGCAGCCAAUCAAGGAUAUCUUCAAGGGAGAACAACAUCAUAACUUUGCAAAGGUGCACUCCAUCGAGAACUCAAAGUCAGUAGUUGAAGCUUUGAAGGAGUUGUAUACCAAGAACAUAUAUGGUAUGCCUGUUGUUGACAAGGACCAUAGGAUUGUCGGCAACUUCUCAAUCAUUGAUAUCAAGGAGGCCAAUGACAACCUUGACAUGUUGAUACUGCCGCUGAAGGACUACUUUGGAGAACGUCCCAUAUUCUCAUGUUCUCAAGACGGCAAACUGGCGGAGUUGCUCGACAUGUUUGUCCAAAAGAAGAUCCAUCGUGUCUAUUUGACAGAGAAGGGACAGCCAGUCGGCAUUGUGACCAUCACCGAUGUGAUCGACAUGCUCUAUCUCAACCUAACCUACAGAGCAACAGGUGUUGAG